CACGGGCGGGUUAACUCGGCAGUCGGCCACUACGUCCCUUGUUCGCUGCUCCUAUGUAAAAACAUCGAUCGACACACGCGACGCGCGUUCAAAAUCCCGUUUGUUAAUAUUUCCACUCACAAUUCUAUUUAUAACUCACUGUGAUACAUUCGUUUUUAAUACGGAGAAGAUUCGUGUUGUGUUGUGUCCAUUGUGAUUCCUAGAAAGUUGCCAUUUUGCAUAAUGUGGCGUCGAACCUAAAUUAGGACUGGAAGACUAUUUUGUGCCUUAUUAGAAGUAAAUUGUGAAAAUGGAUUCAAAAGUCGUGCUUAAGGAGAAAAAUCCACAUGAUAAAGCGAAUAUUAUUUCGAAGAUAUUUUUAUGUUGGAGCCUGCCAUUAUUUUACAAGGGCUACAAGCAUGGUAUCAACGUGGAGGACCUGUGGCAAGCGAGGGAUAUCGACCAUUCAGGCAAACUUGGCGACCGUCUCGAGGAAGCCUGGAAUACAGAACUGAAAAGAUCACGCACUAAUAACACAAAGCCAUCCCUACAACGAGCUUUGGUUUCGUGCUUUUGGCUGGAGUAUAUGUUGAUUGGUGUACUGGUCGGAAUACUUUUUAUUAUACUAUGGCCCAUGAUUCCAUUUACGCUAGCACUAUUUAUUGGAUAUUUCUCCGGGGAAAAAACACCGGAGUCGUACAGAGACGCUCAUAUCUACAAUUUCCUUUUGAAUUUCAUAACAGUCAACACAGCGAUAUUUUUAUGUCACUCACAAUUGGGUCAAGGGUGCGUUGGCAUGCGGGUGAGGAUAGCGUGCUGCUCGCUGAUAUACAGAAAGAUCCUCAAACUAAACCGUGCUGGAAUGAGUAAUACAGAGCCUGGCCAAGUGAUUAAUUUAAUGUCAAAUGAUGUCAAUCGAUUCGAUUUGGUUGCCAUGUUCCUGCAUUAUAUAUGGGUGAUGCCUAUCGUUGUCAUAGUGGUGUCAUAUUUGGUCUGGCAACAUAUACAGUGGGCUAUGUUCGCCGCGCUCGCUGUUAUAUUUCUUCAGACUGUUUUUAUUCAAGCGUAUUUGAGCAAUAAGCAAGGAGUUCUUCGCGGGAAAAUAGCGAAACGGACGGACGAGAGAGUGAAAGUGAUGAGCGAACUUGUAAACGGUGUUCAAGUUAUAAAAAUGUACGCGUGGGAGAAGCCAUUUGAGAAACUUGUUGCUACCCUCCGAAAAUACGAAGUCAAGUUUAUCCUACACACAUCCUUCAUAAAGGGAUUCUCCACAGCCCUCACUGUAUUUACUGAGAGAUUCAUUUUGUUCUCAGCGGUUGUUGCCUUUGUCGUGAUUGGAGGUGACAUAAGAUCAACAAUAACAUUCUCACUCGUACAGUAUUAUAACUUGCUGCAAUUGGCAUGUAAUAUAUUCUUUCCUCUUGCUCUUGCUUGUCUCGCGGAAGCAAGGGUAUCUGUUCGAAGAUUGGAGGAAUUCCUUAGCUUAGAAGAACUAGAUUCGCCGGAGAAAGUUAAAGGUGCGAAGUAUAUAAAGGAAAAUGUUAUUUUAAAUGGUGGUGAAAAGGAAAAUGGGUAUAAGGACAAAAAUCACAACACAGGACUGGUGCUAUCCAACGUCACGGCCAGCUGGUUACCAAAUCCAAUCGUUCAUACAUUGAGAAACAUAAAUAUAACAGCUGCACCUGGAGAGUUCAUCGGUGUCGCUGGACUGGUGGGUGCUGGGAAGUCAUCAUUGCUGCAAGUCAUACUUGGCGAAUUGAAGCCCUCACAAGGCACACUCUCCUUGGGCGGUGCUCGAGUCUCCUACGCAAGUCAGGAACCUUGGCUCUUUGUAGCUACUGUUCGACAGAACAUCCUCUUCGGCCUGCCAUAUGAUCGCCUGCGCUACAAAAAGGUGGUGACCGCCUGCGCACUUGUGCGUGAUUUUGAGCAACUACCUCAAGGAGAUUCUACGUUAGUAGGAGAGCGAGGUAUCAGCCUGAGUGGUGGGCAGCGCGCGCGCAUCGGACUGGCUCGGGCUUGUUAUAGAGAGGCUGAUAUCUACCUCUUAGACGACCCACUAUCAGCCGUCGACACACAUGUGGGGAAACACCUUGUCGCCGAAUGUGUCAACGGCCUAUUGCGUCACGCCACUCGGAUCCUCGUGACCCAUCAGCUCCAUCACCUGAAGACCGCUGAUAAAAUUGUUAUACUUCAUAAUGGGGAGAUCGAGACUCUUGGUUCAUUUGAAGUUGUGUCUAAGAGUCCGCUAUUUGAAGAGUUAUUGGAGGAAGAGGAGCCGGCUCAAGAUGAGAUGAAGAAGACAGGGCUACAAAGACAACGGACAAUGUCUAUUCAGUCUCACACCAGUGUCAGUACAGUAGUCGAAGGAGCUCAGGAAAACGAUGAACCAGAAGAGACUGCUGAACUAAUGGAGAAAGGUCGUGUCCCGCCAUCCGUAUACAGAAAAUACUUCCAUGCCGGGGGUAGUUGGGGGCUGUUAAUCUUCACUGUGAUAUUCAUACUCAUAACACAAGUCGUCACCUCAGCUGGUGAUCUCUGGCUGACACACUGGAUGAAUCAAGUGGAAGCCAACCACGCAAAAGACACACUAAGAACCCACUCGAAUACCACAAAUGCGACUGACAUAUUGCCGGAAGGAAACCAUACAAUUAUAGGCACUAUAUUAAAAACUGGUGUCGUCAUGCAGGAGAUAGCACAAGAGGAACCUUUUGACCAUAGUUUUUAUAUUUAUUUGUGGGCAACCGCUAUUCUUGGAUGCAUACUAUUCACUACUGGCCGAUCUCUGGUAUUCCUGUUCGUGUGCAUGCGCAGUUCAAUCAACUUGCACAAUAAGAUGUUUAGCAAUAUUUUGUCUGCUACAAUGAGAUUUUUUGACACAAAUCCUUCUGGUCGCAUCCUCAAUCGAUUCUCUAAAGAUAUGGGUGUGGUCGACGAAGUUAUGCCUAGAAUGUUCUUGGACAGUAUCCAAGUGUUCAUGGUGAUGGGUGGUAUUAUUGUGAUGGUGGCGAUUGUAAGCCCAUACAUGCUGUUGACAACUGUCGCCUGCGGCAUACUGAUGUACCUAUGGACUUUGGUUUAUCUAGCAACAGCACAGGCUAUUAAACGAGUUGAAGGAGUGACCCGCAGUCCAGUUUUCUCUCAUGUAUCGGCAAGUAUGGCUGGUCUUAGCACAGUGAGAGCAUGUGAAGCCCAAGAUAUGCUUCGGAUCCAGUUUGACAAGAAACAGGACGUGCAUACUGCUUCAUGGUACUUAACCCUCGUAACCAAUACAACGUUCUCAAUUUAUCUGAGUUUGAUAUCUGCCCUCUACGUUAUCGUCGUUGCAUAUACAUUCCUCUUACUAGACGAUGGUAAUACACAGUCAGGAAACGUUGGCUUAGCCCUCAGCCAAGGUUUGAUAUUGGUCAGCAUGAUGCAACACGGUAUAAAGCAAACCACCGAGGCAAUAUCGCAAAUGAUAAGUGUGGAACGUGUCAUACAAUAUACGAAGUUGCCACAAGAGAAAUUGGAGGGAAAGACUCCUCCAAGCAACUGGCCUCAAAGAGCCAAGGUUGUGUUUAAGGAUCUCUAUCUGAGAUAUGAUUCGGAAGCUGAGCCAGUUUUGAAGAAUUUGAAUAUUGUUAUCGAAAGUGGAUGGAAGGUUGGAGUAGUAGGUCGCACAGGCGCUGGAAAAUCGUCUUUAAUCGCUGCCUUGUUCAGAUUGGCUCCAAUAGAUGGACACAUCCUUAUUGACGAUCUGGACACAGGUGACGUGGCUUUGAAGGAACUGCGAUCUAAGAUUUCAAUCAUCCCGCAAGAGCCCGUGUUGUUCUCGGCGAGCUUGCGAUACAACUUGGAUCCCUUUGAUAAAUAUUCAGACGCUGAUAUAUGGAAAGCUUUGGAACAGGUGGAGUUAAAGCACAGCGUGACAUCUCUGUCUAGCGCAGUAGAGGCGGGCGGAACAAACUUCAGCGCGGGACAGAGACAGUUAUUGUGUCUCGCUCGCGCCGCUCUCGCUAACAACAAACUUAUGGUGCUGGAUGAGGCAACAGCUAAUGUAGAUCCUAACACUGACGCGUUGAUCCAAAAAUCCAUACGAAGGCACUUCACGAACUGCACUGUGAUUACAGUCGCGCAUCGUCUUCAUACUGUGGCCGAUUCAGAUCGUGUCGUUGUAAUGGAAGCUGGUCAAAUUGUUGAAUGUGGUCACCCACACGAGUUGCUGCAAAAAGAUGGUCACUUUACAAAAAUGGUCCAACAACUCGGUCCCGCUUCGGAACAAAGUUUGCGUGAUCUUGCACACACCGCCUAUUUGCAACACAUUAAAUAUGUAGAUGAACAGUAGAUAUACUUUCUUAAGAAUGCCCUGACAAGAAAAUAGUUAU